AUGAGUACCGCUGCUGAUUUGAAUGGAGGACACGAGCGAUAUGUUGCUGCCGGAAGCAACCAGCAGGGGUCGUCAACGUCUUCAGAAUCUCUAAAGGCUCCAGGCCUAGUUCCAUUAUCCACGGCACCGCAUCAGUCUGGAAUUUCGACUUCACAAAGAAGUUCUAGAGUGCAGGGAAGCAGAUACAGGUCUCUCAACAGGCGGAGCGGUUCUGCACCUGCUCCAACACUGCCACCAGCAGACGAGAGUUUAAAUUUGACGACUGUGCAGAAACAGGGAGAAAUUUUGAGAUCUAUUCAUGGGGAAGGGGAUCGUGAGGGCGCAAAAGUAUGUUCUCCGCCGGACGAAAGCUCUUCGGUCAGUGAAAACGGAGGUAGUCCUCACAGGAAAAAAUCUACUGAGCUUAUUGUACGUCGUCCAGAAGUCCUGGAAAGCGUUUAUAGUGUGGAAGAAGAUACUGAACAGCAGCAGCAAUCGUCGGCCAGUACUAGUGGUAUACUCGAUUCUCAAAGAACUGAGAAAACUAGCGCCGAGAAAAAACGGGAAGGGUUUAGAAAUCACACCGAAAGAGCUGCUCAAGAAUCUGAUGAUUCUGAUACUUGGACAUACAACUCAUCAGAUAAAUUACCAAAAGAACAGUCACCUAAAACUCAAGUCACAGUUUAUAAUCGAGUCAUGUCGAAUCACAGAUCGGUGAUUAAACCGAAAGAUGUUAAAUAUAAAAGGAUAAACAAAGCCAAAUCAAAAAGCUUGGAAGAAUUAAGAGGCAGGCUUAGAAACUGGGUUGAUAAAGGUAACAGACAUAUACCCAACUUGGAACAGUCGCAGAGCUAUGCUUAAUUAGUAAAUUUGUGUAUUCCUGGU